UGCAACUCUGUUCAGCCAUAUUGUGUGUGUAGCGCGGGUCUCUGACGCGUGUAUGGGCUUCUCGGAGCGUUUUCUUUGAGUAAAAAGUGCGCGUACGUGGGUAUAUCGCACGAUUUUGUGUAAAAAUGGAUCCCGCGAAGUUAAAAGUGGUUGAAUUACGUGCUGAACUAUCGCAGCGUGGUCUAGAUGCGAAAGGAAACAAGGCGGUUCUCGUCGAACGACUUCGUAAGGCGUUGGAAGAAGAAACUGGCAAUCACCCAGUUGAUACUACUAUCACUGAAACGGAUACUGAAGAUACUGGAGAUAGUUUAAAAGAAACAAGAGAAAAAUCACCAGAGCCUUCAAAGACAGUCCCGACGCCAAAGACUCCAGUCAGAGGUGCUCGAAGUUCUACUGCUACUACACCAGUUAAAACACCUUCCAGGGCUGCUGCUAAGACACCGUCUACACCAGUUUCUGCAAAACAGCCUUCUCCUGUUAAGACACCAACUCAAGAAAAACCCCAAGAAAUUGAACCUACAAGUGCUGAGUCAGUUAUUGAGAAGCCAAAAGAAGUAGAAGACCCACAGUUAUCUCCAGUACCUGCAGAAACAUCUGAACAAGAGCCAGAAAGUUCUUUAAAAUCUGUAGAGGCUGAUAUACUGCCGGCAAGUCCACAGAAUGUUUCACACAAUGAAGAAAGUACAGAAAAAUCAGAUGCUAAUGUUGACAGAGAAAGUCCUGUAAAGUCAACUGAUCACGUUAAAGAUAUAUCCGAUCUACCAGAUAUAGUAGAAGACACAGGAGAACAAAAGUCAGAAAUGGUAGAGGAAUUGCAAGAGGUAGUACAAGAAUCUUCAGAAUCUUCAGCAGAAAGUUCAGUAAAAGGUGAACAAGAUGAUAAAGAUAUAAAAUCAGAACCUAUCCAAGAGGAAGAGCACUCGUCUUUAAUGGAAGAAGCUUCGAUACAGGUAAAAGCUGAGGAAAGGAUGGAGGAGGAUGUUCCAUCAUCGACGGAAGUUACCAAAGCUGAGUCAGAUGACAUUAUAAAGAAAGAAGUAACUGAAGAACCAGUGGAGGAACUUCCAAAAAAAAUAGAAGGAGAAAGUUCUGUGAAACGAGAAGAGGAUGUAGAGAUGAAAGAGCAAACAGAACGAGAGAGCGAAGUUAAAGAUAGGGAUCGCAAGGAUCGUAAAGAUCGGAAACGAAAGAGAUCACCAAGUCCUCGCGAAGAACGUCACAUUACACCACCAUUAAUACGAGCUGAAGAUGAGCCAGAGUUCGACGAAGAUGCAGUGCUCCUAUCGUGGUAUGACUCUGAUCUGAAUCUGAUGAUCAAUAAGGAUAGUUUUUGUUCAGCAACUCCAAUGCAUAGUGAUGGUUUUUGUUACAUUUGGGCCGGUGCCAGAGCAUCCUAUGGAUUCACAUGUGGCAAGGUCUACUAUGAAACUAAGAUUAUCGAACACUGUCCAAUUAAUCUUCAAGAUGAGGAGAACUCACAUGUUCUCAGAGUUGGUUGGUCUGUAGCGCAAACGUCAAUGCAACUUGGCGAGGAAAAGUUGAGUUACGGAUACGGCGGCACUGGGAAAAAGUCCACCAACAACAAGUUCACAGAUUACGGAGGAACUUUUACUAAAGACGAUGUCGUUGGCUGCUUCUUGGACAUGUCCAACGACGAGAACGUCAUCAUAUCUUACACCUUGAAUGGAGAGAAUUUGGGCGAGGCCUUUACCAUUUCCAAAGCGGAACUCGGUGAAAAGGCUUUGUUUCCUCACGUCUUAUCAAAGAAUUGUUCGUUCGCGUGCAAUUUCGGCCAGGAAGAAAGUUGGAUUAAGGGCAUUCCUGUAGAAUACGUACCUGUCGGUACUGUCGAGCUCAAAGACAGAACGCCUGGACCUAGACGACCUAGCAAGAAACAAGACUGCGAGAUGAUUAUGAUGUGUGGUUUACCUGCAGCAGGUAAAACUUUCUGGGCCAACAAGUAUGCUGUGGAACAUGCAGACAAGAUGUACAACAUUCUUAGUACCAAUAAUCUCAUCGACAAAAUGAAGGUUUUGGGUCUACCUCGCAAAAGAAAUUAUCAUGGUCGCUGGGAGGUACUAAUCGACAAAUGCACACGGGCCCUUAACAAGCUCUUGGACGUCGCAUCGAUCAGAAGACGCAACUACAUCUUGGAUCAGACAAACGUAUAUCCUUCCGCACAAAGGCGCAAAAUGAGGCAUUUCUAUGGAUUCCAUCGGAGGGCGGUAGUUGUAGUACCAACGGAUGAAGAGUUCAAGUUGCGCACCGCGAAGCGCGAGGCGAUCGAAGGCAAGGAUGUUCCUGAUACCGCGGUCCUGGAAAUGAAAGCGAAUUUCAGCUCGCCAUCUACUGGUGAAUCCUUCGACGUUGUCGAGUGGUCUGACCUGCCAGAAGACGAAGCCAAGAAGAUCAUUGAGAAAUAUAAUAAGGAGGGAAGGGAUGCUGGGUUUGGACAGCAACAGGUGAACAAGAAGCCUAGAUUCGAACGGAGCGACAGUCAUAGGGAUAGUCGAGAUUCGAGAAAUAGUAGGGACUCCAGAGAUAGCAGAGAUCAUCGCGAUCGUAGAGGAUAUCCUGAUAGGAAUAGAAAUUCAGGUUGGCGUGGUGGAAGCAAUUCAGGAUGGCGGGACAGGCAGCAGCGUGGUGGUCAUAUGAGACACGGCGGAGGCUAUGGGGGACCUCCUAGUGGCGGUUGGCGAGGAGGUGGUCGUGGCGGUCCAAGUGCCACGCCAUCAUCUUCACAUCGUGGAGGAGAAAGAAGAGGCAGUGGAGGUGACAGAAGACCAGGAAAUGAUAGAAAUCGACAAGCAGUUUCGCGACAAGGAAACUGGGCUCCUAUGGGGAGCUACCAAAGUUCACAGCCACAACAAGGCCACUGGAGCCAACCAGGUAGUAGCUGGUCAAGUGGCAGUGGUGGACAGUCACAACAACAAAAUAACUGGAGCGGCCAACAGAGCGGUUGGGGUCAACAAUCUUCUUGGGGAAAUUGGAAAGGUUACGGUCAAGGAAGUUAUAAUCAGUCUGGGUACGGUCAGCAAGGCUAUGGCAACGGAAAUUGGAAUAACUGGAACUCACAGUAUUACAAUCAGUAUUGGGGCCAACAACAACAACAACAACAACAAAGUGGACAGACAACCACAGCUGGUGGCCAGGCUACAACAACAACGGGAGGCACCGCAACAACAGUUUCUACCACCAACACUGCAGCCAGUUAUGGAUAUCCCCAAAAUUGGCAGGGAUACACUCAAGCUUAUACAUUUCCGGCUCAAACAGCAAGCGCAAAUUCUCAGCAACAAGCACAGCAACAGAAAUAAAAAAGCUCCAGAAGCUGUUGUUGGUUGCUUGAACCAUUACCGAGUACGACAGCGUUAAGCUUUGAACUUGAGCAAAGUCAAAGACACAAGGAGAACGGUGGGAUUUUGUCUCGUGACUUUUUUUUCAAUUUUAACCAUGGCUGACGCCCACGCAAACGAUCGUGACAUGCCCACUUCGUUAUCCUCAGUGAUCAAGGUCUUAGGUUCACGCUGUGCUAAAGUGGGAUAUAAGGACAUUCUGCAUGACGAGUAUUUGACCCUCGUCAAUGCUUGCAAUCGCUGAGUCGUUUUUCGAAGAGGAUCUUUUGUCUGAUACAGAAUUUCCGGUGGCAUCGUUGCAUCCACCAUAUUUUUCUGUUUCACGUGUGCAUUUUCUACUUGUCCAUCGGGAUCCAUUGUGGAAGAACAAAGGAGAUGCAUGUAACCAUAUAUCAUAGAAAAAGAAAAGUGAACUGUGUGUAUCAUAUUGAACAGAAGCCCUUGAGAAUUUUCGCACGUUAUUGCCAAUUGUCUUUUCGAAUUCAAUCUGCGGAUGUAAUUUUGAUGACUUUACCAACUAUCAGAAUUUCAAUUUUUUUUUUGUAAUAUCUAUAUCUACAUGUAUACAAAGUAGAUAACGCCUCCUUGAUCUCCUCGUUAUGAUCUCGUGUUCUCGCAGAGUAUUUUUGUCACUCCUCUCUGUGUCUCUAUUCAUUAUCAAAUGAUAAACUUUGUACAGAUUAUAGGCAACAAUGUUAUCCCGAUAAUCGGGCGACGGAGCCAUAUAUCGCGAAAUUUUUUUCACGAGAAAAGAAUGAUUAUAUAAAGACAAAAGAUAAGUAUCAAUAAUUAAAAAAAAGAAACCCUUAGAACCUUUAAAAAUGAACCGGAAGUAAGUUUGGCAAGGGCAUGUGAAGCCCAUUGUGGGGAUCUUAAUGCCGAUAAUUAUGAAACGUAAAAUACAAAAAAAAAGUAUGUGACAUAUUUUUUAAGAGAUCCCCCCAAGGAUAUAUUUAAACAAAAAAUUACUUUAUAGACCUGUAUAGGCGUAUACGGUUAAAACUUAAUUGCUAUGUAUGAUGCUACCGCCGCGAAUAUUUCUUUUAUGACAGAGAAUUCUCUCGCAUUCGUCAUACGAUAAUAAUAAAAAAUAACAAAGGAUGCUAAUGAUGGAAAAAAUAAAAUAAAAUAAAAUUAAACUUAGUCGUCUUGUGGUAUCAUUAGUACUGCAAUUAGCUAGUUCGCACUUUUUCUACGUACAGCGACGAACGGAGAACAAAGACGAGAAAAGAGUAAAAGCGAAAUAUUUAAAUGAGAAACAAGGAAAAUUUAAGUCUAAUGAACUUAUUUGUUGAUAAGAAUGUACAAACUCAUUAAUGAAAAAUAAAUUUAAAAAUACACAGGUA